ACAUCACUCACUUCUCUCCUCGCGCUCAGCUCAUCGACUUGAGGUUACAGAAGGGUUAUAGUCACCCGCUGCGGACGCAGGCAAUGUUUCACACCAUUCGUUGUCAAUUGUCACGCACCGACACUCCAAAAAAGUGCUUCUUCGGGCAAAGGGAGCCUUUGGGGGCAUGAUGGCAGAGGAGAGCAGGGGCAAACGAAGGAAGCAAGCGAACCCGAGAAGGAAUCAAGUGGACAUUGAGCAGGCCAGUUCGCUGGGCUCGGAGGGGAAGGAUGAUGAUACGGUGGGUUUGUGGAGCCUAGAGGUCCAGGACUAUCAGGACAGCCUGGACAAGACCAGUCUGACCCCCAGCGAGGGAGAGGGUGAUGGGGAGGGGACUGAGCCAGCAGGCAGCCCCAGCCCUAGGGGCCUCUCAACUCGGCCCCACAACCUAAGCCUCAGCCCCAGCCCCAGAGGGGGCCACUGGGCAGAGGGGGCCGAGGAGGAGGAGAGCCCUGGGAGUGGGCUAACCAUGGAGGACAAGGAUGGAGAGAGGGAGCAGGGAUCACUCAAGACCUAUACAGGUCACAGGUCAGACAGUCAGGCCCUGGAGGACAUGGCCCACUAUGACUUCCUGGUGCAGCUGAGAAAGGCAUCCUCCCACCACCCUGCCUCCCACCACUACCACCAGCACCAUCAGCCCCCUAACGGCAGCGCUACAGCCCCAGCCAUGUAUCACCCUGGCAGCCUGAACCUUCACGAUGACCCCCUUCCCAUCUGGUCUCCUGGGACGCAGCGCUCACCUGAGGGACAAGAUGGCAUCCCUCUGAGUCCGGAUGCUAUGAGGAACCUUCAGGCAUGUCCUUUCUGCCAGCGCACCUACCACCUUGGUGCGUCUCUACGCGAGCACAUCAAGUUCUGCCAUGAGCGGGACGGGGGGCACAUGGUGUGCCCGGUCUGUGGGUACACUCCCCGCUAUAGGGCACAGAUGGAACAACACAUGGCACUGCACAGUCAGGUAGAGGAUAAGCACCCUGGGUCCGACCAUGGCAUAGAGAGCAGGAAGUUCAAGUGUCUUCAGUGUGGGAAAGCCUUCAAGUACAAACACCAUCUCAAGGAGCACCUCCGCAUCCACAGUGGUGAGAAACCGUACGAGUGCUCCAAUUGCAAGAAGCGUUUCUCUCACUCUGGCUCCUACAGCUCACACCUCAGCAGUAAGAAGUGCCUGACCGGAGGAGGAGGAGGCAGCGGAGGAGGAGGAGAAGGGAGCUAUAACAACGGACAUGGCCACCAUGGGGCUUACUACUCCUCCCUUGCGUCGCCCUCUGCAGGUAGUGGAAGGAACAGCAGUAGGAUGGGCUCUCCCUACCCUCCCCACACCCAGGAGGAACGUCCUCCAAUGGGGUUAGAGAGGAACCUGUAUCUCCCUAGAGACCAUGGUACGCGUCUCCUCCGGGGCCAGGAGCUAGGCUGGGAGUUGGGCCGGCGGUGGGACCCCACGCCGGAACGCUUUCUCCGGGCCAGUGUGUUCAAGGAGUCCACCCUGCUGCCGUACCUCCACGCCGGCACCGGGGAAAAGUUUGAGCAGAUGCUGCAGGCGAUGCUGCACAGGGAGGAGGGAGGGUCAGGCUCAGCCAGGGAAGAAGGAAGACUGGGGGUUCACAAUGGCGGGAGAGAUGGGAAGGCAUCACCGGAGGCUCCGUUGAAACUAAAACGCCACCGUGCCGGCUCGGGUGAUGGCCAGGGGGUAAGUGGAGGGGUAACAUGUCGUUGGUGCUCCCAGCUCUUUCCCAGCCCCGCCAUCUUACUCCAGCACGAGCGCUACCUCUGUAAGAUUUACCGAGAGGCCAUGGAGGUGUCUGAGGAUCCUCACAGUAAAAAACACCUCUCCCCCCUCUACUUCUCCACCAGACCCCCUCUCCACCCACCACCAUCACCAGAUAACCACAAACCCCCAGCGAUGACCAACGGUUUCCCGAAAGACAAGUCUCCUCUCCAGAGACCCAGCUGGAACUCUGUCCCUCAGCAGCUGCUGGUUGCCAUGCACUCCCCCUUCCCGCCCAGCCCAGACUCACUUGCCAUGAGGUCCCAUUGGUCCAGCCAGGAGAGUGGCAGGAGUGACGGCAGCCCUGGCCAACCAGCACCAACCAGCCCUGCUACAGACAUGUCAUCCCCUCCCCCAUUGGGGCGAAGACGGGUCCCCUCUUCAGGGUUCGGCUCGCACCUCUGCCUGGACCUGUCCUCUGCCAUCCUCAACACUCCUGCAAGCCGAGCCGCCCCCCAGGGAAGGACCCACCGGUCAUAUAGCUCUGAGAAUGACCAACCCCUGGAUCUCUCCCUCCCCAAGUCCCAGGAGGGGAAAGCCAUAGAGGACAGCAAGCCCUAUAAUGGACACCCUCACUGGGAAGAGAAGAGACAGAAGACCCAGAGAGACCAGGCAGAGAACCAGCACCACCGGAGGCUGAGUGUCAAUCUCAGUCCACCUCCUCACCAGCAUCAUGCAGUCUACAGCGGCGCUCAUAUUGUCGGAGGUUCCAUCUACAGUGCCUACCCUCUGUUUAACCCUAUGAUGCCUGCUGGGCUAGCUGGCUCAGAGCAUGAUGGGGUUCCCUCCCUGCCCCUCAGCCGUCCAGUUAGCAACCAGGGAUUCCUCUCACCCAUGACCUACAUGAUGGAGUCAGACACAGACGCUGUGCUGAAGAGGAUCCACCAGGAGAGACGAGCAUUAAUGGGUGAGGUGAUUGGCCGCGGGGGUCUGGACUACCUCUCUCUGAUACAGGAGGGAGGAGAGGGCGAGGGGGGACCGGGGAGGAAGAGACUACAGAAGACAGACGAAGGCCUGUACGCUUGUGACAUCUGUGACAAAACCUUCCAGAAGAGCAGCUCUCUGCUCCGACACAAGUACGAACACACAGGUAAGCGUCCUCACGAGUGCAAGAUCUGCAAGAAGGCCUUCAAGCACAAGCACCAUCUAAUUGAACACAGCCGCCUGCACUCUGGAGAGAAGCCCUACCAGUGUGACAAGUGUGGCAAGCGCUUCUCCCACUCGGGCUCCUACUCCCAACACAUGAACCAUCGGUAUGCCUACUGCAGCCUGCACCAGGACCAGGAGGGGGGUGAGGAGCUUCCUCUAACCCCAGGAGGGCCCACCGAUGUGGGCCACAUGGCCGUGGACACCCCCCUUUCCAUGGAGGACAACCCAACAUUUCUUAGUGACUCCAGUCUAGAUGGGGGGAUAGAAGGGAGAGUAGAUGAAGAGGAGGAAGAAGAGGAGCACGAGACAGAAGAGACUGAAGGCGAACGUAUGAAGGAGGCACGUAGUUUGUCAGGGUCAAGGUCUGGUGAGGGAUUGGGGCCGAGCCCCAGUCUGGUACAGGGGUCCACUGUGGGGAGGGACAGAGAGAGAGAACAGAGGGAGAGAGGCACAGAGCAGGUCGACAGACACAAUGAAGAGAGAGAGAGUGCUGGUCUAGGGACUCACGGACUAGAGACCAACCAUCACUGGGACAAAGACACAUUGGAACGAAAUGGAGACCAGAACACAGACACAUACGAGCUGAGCCCGGAAGCUCCAGUGUCACAACAGUGGACAAGUGUGCCAAAACAAUGCAUAUAGCUACAUGUACAAAUAAGGAUUAAGAGCUGUGUGAAAAUAUAUUUUAAAAAUGCACUGUUCAAAAUAUAGCAAAACUUAUACUGUACAAGUACAGGAAGUGACUUCCAAUGCAAAGCCAUAUGAACACAACCAAAAUAAGAACCACAUGAACUGACAGCAUAACACAAAGUGCAUAGUAAGAGCCAUGGGGUAUGAUAUUCACGCUGGUCGGUAUGUUAGCAUGCGCAAUGUUGACCACUACAUAUCUGUCAUCACAGCUACCAGUUGACCACUUAUGCCUGGUUUAAGGUAAAGGAGUAUGGACUGCAAGGUGAUGUUGGUCAUGUUGUUCUGUAGCAAGCAGUGUUGUUCAAUGUGUUUCCAGUUGCCUUAUCAGUAUAAUACAGUAUUUUUUAUUUGGCAAUACAAGUAUUCACUUUUGAAGGUUUUUAUAUCAGAUUUGACAUCAUAUUCUCCAAAGACCAAGAGGUCUCUACUGUAAAUCAAACAAUUGACCUCUGUGCUUUAAAAUGAAUAAGCAAUAAAUAAUAACUAUUAUUCAAAUUAGAAUAAAGGAUUAAAGAUGUAUUAUUUUUUGCCAAAGCUACAAAUUGGUUUAGGAUAUAUCCAUUAUGACUGUGGUCAGCUGUGCAUUAAUUAUGGACAUUAGUAUGCAGAUAGAUUAGUGCCAAAUUAUGUAAAUUAGUUAUAUUGGCACUAAUAUACUGUAUCUCCAUACAGAUUUACCAUUGGGUUUCACAGAUUUACCAUUGGGUUUCACAGAUUUACCAUUGGGUUUCACAGAUUUACCAUUGGGUUUCCAUGGUGACUAAUGAAUGGCUAAUAUACUGUCUAAAAGAUCAACGGGGAAGCCGGUCACUACAAAUGCUCACUGACUUUUACACUGAGCCAUUAGGAAGUUGAAUGUUGGGUAGCCACCCUAAGCCUGGUAAAGUCAAUUGAUUUAUCCAUACCUUACCAUAUUUCUACACACAACAGAAAAACGAGAGUCAAAAUUAAAAUGGUUUUAUUUUGUUUUCUUUGAAGAAGGAGCAAAUAAAUGAAACUUGUACUGCCUCACAAAAUGUUCCAUAUCUCUUAACAGACAUGUGGAGUUGCUUUGUCUCUAUUAGAAAAACGCAAAUACAUUGUCUCGCUCUAUGAAAUAUAAGUGCAGUAUUAUACUUGUACCACAGUGUAGGUUCUACUACAGUUGCCCUCGAAUAUAUUAGCACCCUUGCACGAUUCACUAUUUCUUCUCAAAUAAGGUGAAAUUGAAAAUAGUUUCAUGUUCACACGUUUAUUUGUUUGGUUAAUAACUGCACAGGACCAAGAUAAUUUUUAAAGGUCCAAUGCAACCGUUUUUAUUGCAAUAUCAAAUAAUUUCUGCGAGUUUGAAUCUCAUCACGGACAUUUUUAGCAUUUUACCUAAUUAGCAACUUUUUAACUACAUUUAGCUACUUUGCAACUCGGUACAGAAAGGCAUAGUGGAGCUCCAUGGCUUGGUGCUGAAUGGACAGCCCUCUGUCUAGAGGGCCAGCUAAUUUAAUUAUUUCGUUUGUGGGCAGUUUUUUGGGCACCAUGAUGUUUUAAUAAAUAUCUUUAUUUUGCAUUCAAGCCUCAGUUUUUGAUUUAUUCAUUUUUUUCAACAGUGUGCGGGUUUCCAUCUCCAGUUGGUGGGCAGUUAGACAUUUUUGGGCACGGUUAGGUAGCCUACAAUACAUUAUUGAAAAUCAUAACUGGCACGCAGCUCUUUAGAAAUGGUAGGAUGGUAAAGAUACCCGAUUAAUAAAAAAUGACUCAAGUAGAAGUGAAAGUCACCCAGUAAAAUACCUCUUGAUUAAAUAAAGUCUCAAAGUUUUUGGUUUUAAAUAUACUUAAGUAUCGAAAGUAAAUUGAAUUGCUAAAAUGUACUUAAGAGUCAAAAGGUAAAGUAUAAAACAUUUAAAAUUCCUUAUAUUAAGCAAACCAGAAGGCACAAUUAUUUUAGAAUUUUUUAUUGACGGAUAGCCAGGGGCACACCAACACUCAGACAUAAUUUACAAAUGAAGCACUUGUGUUUAGGUAGUCCACCAGAUCAGAGGCAGUAGGGAUGGCAAUUGGAUGUUAUCUUGAUAAGUGUGUGAAUUGGACCAUUUUCCUGUCAGGGUAAAUGUAUGGGGUAAUAAGUACAUUAUUUUCUUUAGGAAUGUAGUGAAGUAAAAGUUGGCAAAAAUAUAAAUAGUCAAAUAAAGUGCAGAUAACCCAAAAAACGACUUAAGUAGUACUUUAAAGUAUUUUUACUUAUGUACUUUACAUCACUGUGUUUUGUAUGGUAUGUAUUCAUUUGUGGAUGUCCACCACCCAUUUCGUAUGAUAUUUUAGUGAUUAUAAUUUGUAUUAUAUGUUACAAAUUUGCAAAACGUACAAAAUAUGUCACGAAUUUGCAAACAAAUGAUAUGUUAUGAAUUUUAGCUAGGUGGCUAACAUCAGCUAGCUCUCUAGUGUUAUGCAUUUGUAGAUUUUCCUUUUGUGUUUCGUUAUUUUCGUCAUUCUUUGGUCAAGUGUUGUUUGUCUUCAUGCGUCGUUGUCGAUUGUAGGCCUAAGUAGGUCCUUUGAUGUAGGCUAUGCCUUUUCUUUCAAUUGCAGGGUAGGAUUUAUCUGGCAUAGUUUGCAUUUGCGGUCAGCUGUUUUAUGCACAGGUUACUUUCACGUUGAUGUUGGCAUUUUAAGUCGGCCUUGCAGUGACUUGAUAUUGUGUAUUAUGCCUCUAUUUCAUGUUCACUGUAUUCGCUGUUCCACUAGUAAAUGUUUAAAUUCAUGAUGAGGUUGAGUAGUGGUUGACAUUGCAGCCUAUUUUGUUGUUGUUUUUUUGUUUUGUUGCUGUUCUCGAAAUAGCAUUUUAGAGUUUUUCAAUUGUGUAGAAAUGUAAUAAAUGAGCUUCAACCUCCUAAAAAAAAUAAUACUUUGCCAUAUCCUUAGGUUUAGCUGAACUGACACCACUGGUGUCACAGCUCUUCCUGGACUCUGUCAAGUCAGUCAUGUCAGCCAGGGUACCUGUGUGGAGCCAUACUAGUGCCAAAAGAAAUGAGAUUUUAAUACAAUAAUUUUGAAUUUUGUAUUCAGAAAGUGAAUUUGAGUUCAAUAGUUCUGAAUUUGUGUUGUACAAAUUGAAUAUGCCUGACACUUACUCUAUCACUAUGAAUUGAAAGCCCAUCAUGGGCUUGUCUAUAUUUAGUAACAGAGAGUGUAGUCAUAUAUCCAGUCAACCAACUUCAAGAUGAUCCGAUUUUGUAGUAUUGAACUGCAAGCCUACAACUGCCUCAUGCCACCAGCUGUUGUUAAUUUUAUUAUAUUUAUAUCUGCACAAAAAUACUUUUAUCAGGCUGUAUUUUUUUAAUCAACUCAGCUAUGCCUUUUGUAUUGAAUUACAUUUAGUAUUGUUUUUUAACCUGUGGAUAUAUUUGUAAUAAAAAUGUACAUUUUGCUUUA